AUGCCGGCGCUCCCAAGACCCGAAACUGAUUACGAGCGCUGGAUGCGCGACCGCAAUCCCAGUUUCCAGCUCACCGAACCACCGCAGUACGGUCCAGACCCUGAUUCGAGUCAUGAACAUGUUCUCGGAUCUCCUUCCUCCAUGAAGCAUGUUUCAGAGCCACAGUUCAUGCUGUAUGUCAACUCAUCCAGUAUUCUGCUUUACAUUGCACGGUAUCAAUGA